AAAACUGUGUGCAGAGUUACAGGGACUCGACAUAAAGCUGUUUAACAUUCUCACCCCGCCCCCAAGAGCUCCAUUUCUAACUUUAGCUGGGUACUGCAAUUGCAUCGCCUGCUGGAUCUUCUAUCUUAGGAAUCCAGGAGAACAAGCUCGCUCUGUCUCUGCAAACCGAACGAUCAUGGCUACCGUGCAGGAAAAGCUGAUCACCCCGAUCGCCGGAGGAGCAUCUGAGGGUCCGAGGAACAAGGUCACGGUCGUAGGCGUCGGCCAAGUCGGCAUGGCCUGUGCAAUUAGCAUUCUCUUACGGGAACUUCCCGAUGAGUUGGCCCUGGUUGAUGUGGUUGAGGACAGACUCAAGGGAGAAAUGAUGGAUCUUCAGCAUGGGAGUCUCUUCCUCAAAACCCCCACAAUCGUAGCAGAUACAGGUUACGCAGUCACAGCAGGCUCUCGUAUUGUCAUUGUCACGGCUGGGGUUCGUCAGCAGGAGGGUGAGAGCCGCUUGAACCUGGUGCAGAGGAAUGUCAACAUCUUCAAGCACAUCAUUCCCCAGAUUGUCAAGCACAGCCCCAACUGCAUUCUGGUGGUGGUGUCAAAUCCAGUGGAUAUCAUGACCUACGUCACCUGGAAGUUGAGCGGGCUCCCAAAGCACCGUGUGAUCGGAAGUGGUUGCAACCUCGACUCUGCCCGUUUCCGCUACCUCAUGGCUGAAAAACUGUCCGUCCAUCCAACCAGCUUCCAUGGGUGGAUCUUGGGAGAGCACGGAGAUUCCAGUGUUCCAGUUUGGAGUGGUGCCAAUGUGGCUGGGGUGAACCUCCAGACUCUGAACCCUGACAUUGGCACAGACCAGGACAAGGAAGGCUGGAAGGAAACCCACAAGAUGGUGGUGGAUAGUGCAUAUGAAGUGAUCAAGCUGAAGGGAUACACAAACUGGGCCAUCGGCAUGAGUGUCGCUGACCUCACAGAGUCCCUGACGAAGAACCUGAGCCGGAUUCACCCCGUCUCCACCAUGGUCAAGGGCAUGUAUGGUAUUAAUGAAGACGUGUAUCUGAGCCUGCCUUGCGUGCUCAACAACAGCGGGGUGAGCAGCGUGAUCAACAUGACUCUGAAUGCAGAGGAGGUGGCCAAACUGAAGAAGAGCGCUGACACCCUCUGGGGGAUCCAGAAGGAUCUGAAGGACCUGUAACCAGAAACGGGCCUCCUGACACCACAUUACAGCACUACACAGCAUGCUGUUUAUUGCCAACAACAAAUAAAUAAUAAAAGUGUG